AUGGCCCCACCCACACAGCCGGCCGGCUCAAAAUCGAUUGCCCAAAUCCUCACAGAUGCGCGCUCACGCCUUGACCGUGUAUCUCCAGAGCUUGCACAAGAGGCAAAUCGUGUUCGGGGCGCUCUUUUAAUAGAUAUCAGGCCCGAAGCCCAGCGGAAGCACUCUGGUGAAAUUCCUGGAGCCUUAAUAAUUGAGCGUAACGUCCUUGAAUGGAGGCUCGACCCUCAGUCGGACGCUCACUUAAGAAACGUGGCUGGUGUGGGAACAUACGAAGUAGAGCCUAUUAUCUUCUGCCAAGAAGGCUACACUAGCAGCCUCGCUGCGGCGUCGCUGAAGGAUUUGGGGCUUUCAAAGGCCACUGACCUCAAUGGAGGAUUCAAAGCCUGGAAAGAAGCCGGCCUCCCUACCACCGGGGGCAGUGUGCCAGGCUGA